CGGCACCAGUCGCUGGCUUGCAUUCUUACUGUUCUAGCACAGGCCAACCGAUAGGAAGCGACGUUGCUGCAGCAGAAAGCCCGAAAAGAGCUCUAGUGUUAUUGGCUGCAUUCCAAAUACUCUUUAAGCAUGGCUAUUCAAGACACGAGAGUUAUCCUGGUCUUGGCGAUAAUGUUUACAACGGGAGCGCUUCUACAAUUACUGGGAUGCGUACUAUUCAACAAUUGGUGGCCCAUGCUAGUUGGCAUCAUGUACGUGCUCGUACCAAUGCCGUACUUAUUCUUCGGCAGCUCAGGCGGUGAAUCGUACGGCAUCUACGCCAGCACCAUGCAAAGCGGUUGGGUUGAUGCGGGCAAGUUCCUGACGGGCUUCUCAGCGGUGGGCUCCAUCGCCAUCCCGGCCAUCCUGGCGCAUGCAAAGGUGAUCACGACGGGAGCCCUCAUCAUGGAGCUGGCGGCGGUGGCGGUGCUGGGCGCCACCGUGCUGACGUACGACUACUACAGCAGCAGGGACGGCAGCGGGGGAGGGUACUUUUGAAGAGGGAACUGGGGAGGAGGGAGGGUGAGAGGGGAGCGGAGCGGUGGAGCAUCAGCAUCGGGGUGGGCAGCGGCGGUGGGUGCUGGCAGGCGAUGACUGACGGGACGGGGGCAAGGUAGAUGGGCGGUAUCCUGCAGCAGCAGAAGCAGCAGCAGUAGCAGGAGGGGCAGCAGCAGCGGUGGCGGUGGCAAACGGAGGGGAAGGCAGGAGGAGGGUAGACUCUGUAACUGGGAGUCAAUGCCGCGUGACGGCAGCAGGAGGGGCAGCAGCAGCAGCGGCGGCCGCUAGCAUGGUGGGCAUGGCGCAAGGAGGUAGCGGGGGUUUACAACGACUGGUAGGUUGCGGCGGCGACGAUGAGGGGCGGUGUUCUCGGCUGCAGCAGGGGGGGAAUUCGGUAUUGGCUGACUUGACCUGAUCACCGCUUUGCAUUGCUUGAUGGAGGUGCAUGGUGCAUGGAUGGAUGCAUGCAAUGGAGGUCUUUACGCGGAUGGACUGGGGUCCCCGUUCCCCGUAGCAGCAUUAGCAGUAGCAUCCAGAAGAUACCAGCAUUGGACACCGCAAUCGCUUUUGCCGUAGCACACUACACGUCUGUCGUACAACACGGAACCGUUGUUAAUAUGGAUGCAUCGGGUGGGCUUUGUUUCAACGGAUGCAUGCAUGCAGGGUUGUCUCGCAGGGGUUUUGUGUACCAGUGGUGUGCUGUCCUUGGUUACCGCUAUUACGUUGCUGUUGCUGCGCCCAUUGCAGCACCGCUGUUUGGUGCUCUUGUGCUGCUGUGCUGCUGCUGCGGGGGGUCCUGCUGCUGCUGCGGUAGGGGAAACGAAGAAGAAGAAGUACCCUGCGAGAGGGGCGGGGCCUCCUGGUAUGGCUGCAAGCUGCAUGCUGGGAGGUGCAGCGGCACACCGUGUGGCGGUCCAUGGGGCUGAGGACGCGGACGUGGAUUGGGGGAGUGCGUCGGGAGGCCUGGAGGCGGCCUGGAGAUGAGCGCGUCCUCCUCUGCUGCUCUGUGUUCAUUGGACCGAGAAUUGUGUUCGUGAGUGCAUGUGCGUUAAGAAACUGGUCGCAACUCAUCGUUCUCGUCCUCCGCCUCCUCCCAACCAUCGUUCUCAUUCAUAGUCCCUCUCCUAACCAACGUUCUCAU